AUGGCCACACUAAAUAUAGCCCAGCACAUAGCCUACACCGUGACGUGUGACGUGAACGCACGGAGCCCACAUGUUCGCAAGAUGGUGCGCCCGCGCGGCACGCGCCAUUCCCGCGGUGGCCGGCGCCCUGACGCCAUCUCAACAACUCAACACACCACCACCGCUAAACGGUUCUUCGAAAUACGUGAUCUCAUCAGGAACGGCAAACCGGAACUAAUGCAACCCAAACACACG